AUGCACAGCAUCAUCAACGCUUUCGACUCGCAAGGUUCCGCCCAGUUCCGCACAACCAACUCAUGUGUGAUCGCCCUUGCUGGCUACAUAGCCCUUGAUGGUACGUAUAACACCACUAUAAAACCGUUCCGGCCAAUCCCAAGUCUCAACACCCCUUCCUCUUAUGAUAACACCUCCAUAAUGAAUACUACUGACAUGGAAGCGCAGCAGGUUGGUGUACUUGUACGCCCUUGUCGUGGCAAACUGUACUGGGACACUUCAUCGUUUGGCCUCGAGACCCUCACAAAUAUUAUAGGUAUCCUGAUAUACGACCAUACAGCGACCCUCCCAGAAGAAAUCGCGUAUAUAUGGUGUCGUCCGAAAGCACCGUCUGCGAUGUUAUUUCUCGCUAAUCGUUAUGUCGCUCUGCUCGGCAAUGUCUUUGGCCUGUUUAGCGCAUUCCUGCCCGUUUCAAAUAAGAGGUUUCAGCUUUGGUUAUUGCAUAUUUGUUAUUUUUCUCAACAAAGGUUUAGCUGUUCGAAAUACGUGGUAGCCCAACAGGUGUUACUUUUUUCCCAACAAGUCUUCAUUUGCCUCAUAUUGUCUCUUCGCACUUAUGCUCUCUACGGCUGUAGCAAACGCCUGCUUAAAUGGAUGGCAAUCGUGGGCCUUGGUCUUGCAGCAGGAGGGUUGGCGGGAACUUUUGGACAUGAUUCAAACAGUGCGACCGACGGCGACUGCCACGAAAUAUACACAACAGUGACAUCUGUCCGUCAUGCGAUGGCAUGGGUGGCAAUGUUUAUCUACGAAUUAUUCAUCUUCGUCCUCACAGUCAUCAGGACUUGCAAGACCAGGGGAUUCCCGCGAUUAUUCCUAGUAUCCAGGAGAGACAUCCUUGAUGUCGUAUUCCACGAUGGUGUGAUGUACUUCGCAGGGAUGACAUUGGUCAAUUUACCCAACAUUCUGACAUACUUCUUUGGUUCAAAUAUCAUUAAGGGCAGCUUGGGCCCAUUUACUAGUUGCAUGUCUGUUACUCUCAUCUCUCGCCUGAUGCUUAACCUGCACGAAUCUAUCGACACUGGCAUUUUCUCUACCCCCGCCGGGAUUAGCCUCGUUGUCCUUACCACUAGGGUCGACGUACAGUCCGCAGUCUCCUCUCACUAUUGGUAG